GUUCAUCGAUACUAUCUGCAUAUCUUCGAGUCACUUAUGCGCAACGAGUGCGGGUACGUCGGCCGUAUGCCUUACUGGAACGAAGCCCCUGAUGCUGGUGCGUUUAAUGAAUCCGCUCUCGUAGUGGAAUUUGGAGGUGAAGGUUGCAAGGAAAACAACUACGCCGUUGUUGACGGCCCCUUCGCGAAUACAACCCUUCAUCUUGGUCCUGGGGAGACUAAUACACCUCAUCUGCUGACACGGAAAUGCGACUGGUGGAACUCAACUCGAGUAGGUCAGACUUUCGUUGACGCGGCGAACGCCCGUACCACCUUGGCGGGGUUUCAAAGUCUUCUCUUUGCGACUGUUCAUCUCGAUGGCCACAAUGCCGUUGGUGGGGAUAUGACAGACAUACAAACGGCGCCUAACGACCCGCUUUUUUGGCUACACCAUUCAUAUAUAGACUACCUGUGGUGGAAAUGGCAGGGUAACAAUGAAACAAGGAUCUAUGAUCCCGAGGGAGCGGGCUAUGAAACACAAGUAGAGCCUCUUACUGGUUUUGUGGAAACCAAGGAAGCAACAGUGUUAAACAUGUUUGGUGUCCUACCCAAUGGAACCGCGUGUAUCCAGUGUUGCCGUAUCGCUUCUGAGUUCUCACCUUCCGAUAGGUCGGACAAGUCCUAGAUACUCAAGGAGACUACCUUUGUUACAUUUAUACCUGAUGUUAUCACUGCUCUCUAUGUCGCUCGAAAUUUCUAUAAAGCACAACGAUAGAAAUCACACCACGAGUUGAUUCAUCUCGCGUUCAAUUCGACGUAAUAUCUAUUUUUGGAAGAGGUACUAGUAGCUACGAACGACAAUAAUAUUCUUCACUCUUGAU